CCCACUGUCUUUUUUCAGUUCCCCUCCAAACCCCUAAAAAUUUCCUAAACCCCUGUUUAAUUUCCACUAUUUCUCAUCAUGUUUUGUUGUGGUUUUCUUUUACUUUUGGGCUAAUCAAGAUUCAAGAGCGAUCCAGAUGCAAAAACACACUCUUUUUUGUUCUUCUAUGAUGGGUAAGGAAAUUUAGCAGCAAAAUAAUGUAUAUAUAGUUCAUAAAUUUUCCCAAUGGCUGAUGUUAGCGACUCUAGCAAUACUCAGAUUCUUGACUCUCAGCCUCAGCCCCUAUCAUCACCACCAUCUGUAGGAAAUGAAGCUAAUGAUGUGACAGAAGUUGGGUAUGCUGUGGCUUAUGAAGAUACUGUUGUGCUUGAUAGUCCAUUAGCCGAAACCCAGUUGGAGAAACUUGUUUUUGAUGAUGAGGUUGUGGGUGAUGGGAUUGGGGGUGCAGUAUGUGAGUAUGAGGAAGAGGUGGUGCUUGACAGUGAGGAUGAGGGAGUGCAUGGAAGUAAAGUGGUUAAUGUUGUUAAUGGCGUAUUGGAUGGUAAAGCCAAUAGAAGAUUGAAAGGGAAUGUGAUGGACUUGUGGAAGGGGCAGCUCAGUUCACCUUGUAAGCGAGUGGACAUCGCAUUGGCACCAAAUGUCUCCAACCAGGAACAAUUUGGAGCAGGGAAUAAAGGAUCUUCUAUAAAUUUUGAGAGCACUGGUAGGGGAAAAGAUCUAGCUCAUCCACCUCCAAGUGAUUACAACCUUGCUAGAUUGAAUUACAUCAAUUCUCAGGAACCUGGGGAGUCAGCUGAAGCCAAUGCACUUGGGUUUGUGGAUCACUUCUUGUCAUCUAACAAUGUUGGCAUGUCUCCAAGUGUUGGCCAUGGAAAGACUUUUAGGGAGAAAUCACUUCCUGUAUUCAGUGCAAAAGGAACUCAAAGUUUGGCAAAGAGAAUUAAACUUGGAACCGCAAUUGUAAAAACAGGAGCCCUUGAAUGGACUGAUAGUGAUCAGCAUGGAGGUGGUGAAAUUGCUAGCAAAAGGAUGGAGGCAUCUAUUGAUUUUGGAGGUUGCUGGCAUAAAUCAGUGACAAGUCAUCAGGACACCAGGAAUCUUCACAUUAAACGAGGUAGCAGCUUAGUUCAUGAGGGCAAAGAGAACAAUGAAUUCCUAAAUCUCAGUAAGGAAACGAUGCAUUCAACUUGUGCUGAUUCAAGAUCUGCCUUAUUCAGCUCAAAAGAGAUUAACAGGACAUUACAAGUAAUUGAAAAUAACCCUGUUGAGGAAUUACAGGAUUGGUUAGAUGCUAGCUUAACAGGACAACAGUUGGAAGCUAGCGAUAUGGAAAGAGAAACAUCUGACAUGUUUGAUAUUGGUUUUAACACUCAAGUGGCUGCUGAAGCUAUGGAAGCUCUAGCAUAUGGGCUCCCUGCAGGCGACAGUUAUGGUAAUGCUUAUCAAAGUCCAGAAAACACCCUUGAUCAUCCUACAAGAGGUGUAAAUGAGAAUGAAGCUCAUUUUGGACAUUCAUCCUUCCAAGAGACUGCUUGUUUUGAUUUAGGAGACAUAGCAAGAAAAACAAAGCGAAGAAAGCGUUCUGCUAGAAGAUUUAGUAGAGGAAGUUCAGGUUCAUUUCAGAAGCAGUCUGUAAAUCAGGAGUUAGAUCUUGAGUUGGCAAUAACAACAAAAGUGAGAAGAGGCAAGUCCUCUGAUCAGAGACAGUUAAACAGUGGAAAUUCUGGUGAUGCAAUUGAAAGUUUAGGCAGAAGAUCUGUUAAGCCUAAUAAGCAAAGAAAGGCAGAGGGAUUUUCAGAAAGGAACAAACUUAAAGAGUUUAAGAUUGAUGUGCGUUCACCUCUGUCAGUUGAAAAUAUGUCACUUGGCAAAGUACAGUCCCAAGGAAAGUGUAUGAAUUUUUCUCUGAUUGCCCACGAGAACAGGCAGUGGACGUCAGGGGGUAAUGUGAUAAAGACUAAGAAUCAAUUAGAUAAUCCAGGAGAUGUUAUAAUUCAAUACAGAAGAAAGAAGAGCCGUGUAGUUGCUGAUCCAGUUGAAGUUUUGAGAGCCAAUGAAGGAAAUUCCAAACUGGACUUCAAUUCAUCUAGGGAAGCUAGAAACAGCAAAUUGAAUCACAAAGAUCAAUUUGUUCAAAGAAAGGCAAAGGCAUCUUCGGAAGGUACCAAACUUAAAGAGUUUGAGAUUGAUGUGUGUUCUUCUGUGUCAGUUGAAAAUAUCUCACUUGCCAAGGGACAGUCCGGGAGGUGUAUGAAUCUAUGUCCUGUUGCCCACCGAAACAGCCAAAGGAUGUCAGAGGGUAAGUUGAUAAGGACUAAGAAUCUAGGAGAAAGGAUAAAUGAUGGUGUUAUAAUUCAAUACAGAAGAAAGAGGAGCCGUGUAGUAGUUGAUCCAGUUGAAGUUUUGAGUGCUGAUGGAGAAUAUUCCAAACUGGACUUCAGUUCAUCUUGCGAAGCUAGAAACAGCAAAUUGAAUCAAGAUGAUCAGUCGAUUCAAGAGGUCACUGCCAUAACCAAUUCCUUAAGAUCAAAUCCAUGGAGAUAUCCAAGAGGGAAAAGAACAUGUCGUAGUGUGCGAAGACAUUCAAGUGGACCUAAUAACAUGCAUGCCCCACUCACAACAUUAGAUGGAAAUGACAGAAAUCUUCAUUGUAUUGAAAGUCAAAAAAGGUCAGAGGGCAUUGAAAAAGUGAAGGGGAAAGCAAAUUCACCAGUAUAUGCUUGCCCACACCGGCAUUCUACAGAAACUGAUGAACCAGGUUCUGUGGGUGCUAUUCCAAACUGUGAAUCAGAUGCCAUCAAUACAAGAGUAUUUCCUAGAGGUUUGUGCAGAGCCAGGGCAUCUAUGCAAUCUAGAAGUCUAAAUGGGAAAGAUUCUACAUCAACUGGUGGUGCAGGAAAGAACCAUAAGUUGGAGGUGUUAUCAAACAAGACUACUGAGCCAUCUGGUUCAGAAAAAACUAUUACAUUUAGCUCCGCCAAGGGCAUAAAUGUGGCAACAUCCAAUUGUAUAUAUUAUGAUUAUCACAAAAAACCAUGCAACAAAAACCUACCAAAAUCAUCCUUUUUGAAAGAGCUUUUAAGACUGGGUGUCCCUGAGUCAACACCUGAGAUUACAUGGAAAGACUCAAGAAGACGAAGAGAUAUGGCAUUUGUUCGAGUCUUGUUUAGCCAGCAUUUGGACAACAAUAUCAUCAAGCAACAGAAAAAGAUCCUGGGACGACUGGGCAUAUCCAUUGCGUCAUGUUGCAGGGAUGCCACACAUUUCAUAGCUGACAAAUUUGCACGUACAAGGAAUAUGUUGGAAGCCAUUGCUCUUGGAAAACCAGUGGUGACACAUUUAUGGCUAGAGAGCUGUGGACAAGCAAGCUGCUUCAUUGAUGAGAAAAAUUACAUUCUGAGGGAUACCAAAAAGGAAAAGGAAAUUGGCUUUAGCAUGCCUGUCUCACUAACUCGUGCAAGCCAACAUCCACUUCUAAAGGGUCGCAGAGUCGUCAUUACCCCAAGUAUAAAACCUGAUAAAGAAAUGAUUACAAGCUUGGUCAAAGCAGUUCAUGGCCAGCCAGUGGAGAGAAGUCAAGUAUUUCCAGCAAAGGAUGAAAAGAUCCUAGAUGAUCUUUUGAUUCUUUCUUGUGAAGAAGAUCAUGCAAUCUGUAGGCCUUUCCUUCAGAAAGGAGCAGCAGUUUACAGUUCAGAGCUUUUACUGAAUGGAAUAGUUAUUCAGAAAUUGGAAUACGAAAGACAUAAGCUGUUCACAAAUCAAGAGGAAUCUCUAUAGUACAUGAUCAAGAAGCCACUUGCUAUAACAGUAGCAUUGCAUUUUUGCAAUCGCAUUGAUAAUCUGAAUCUUUCUAGCACAAGAUCAAGGAAAGAUGAUGACUUUUGUCUUUUUGUAAGCAAUGUAUGUAGUUUUCCCUUAUUGGUUUUUGCGUUUGUGGGUGCCAGAAUUCCUUGCAGUAGAAUCAGCUUUCUGAUGGAAAGGGAGGGGUUGGUCAUUUUUGUUGUAAAUUAUAUAUCAGAAGUUCACUGGAGUUCUUUUGGUAAUCAUAGAAACUUUUGCAUAUUUGUUACAUACAGAAUUAAAAAUGGAGAAACCACAAUGUUCUCGUACU